AUGUCCACCAUCUUUGCCCGCUCUCCCCUCCAAUCGCUUCCUAUGGCCACAAACAGACCGACGACGCGACGACGCAGCGUAAAACAAGCAUUCGAAGACGACGACGCGCCGGCGCCCAAGCGCCCCAAGACCGAAGUAAACGGCACCACCAAGCGGGCAACGGCCGCGACGAAGAAGACGGCCAAAGCUGCAAACUACGACGAGGACGACGAUGGUUUUACGUUUACGCGUCGCACGUCGAGGCGGACGACCAAGGCGCAGCCUGUUGCCGCGCCCGAGCCUAUACCAGAGGAACAAGUAGCCUCCUCGACGCGAAGUGAGAACGCGCUACAACUGCAGCCCAAAGCUCCCGUGCGGCGGAAAAAGACGUCAAUGAGGACGACAACCAUUGAGGUGGAAGCUUCUGGGACACAGAGAAUCCGGCGAUCAACGCGUCUGUCUGCAGACAAGACACAGCUCCAAGUCCGCCCGAAAUCUGCCUCCGUCGAACCUACCACGGCCCCAAAGCGCACAAAGAAGAGUGUGCCAGCGGAGAAGGAGCGCAAGAAGCAGAGUACGCCGGCGGCGGAAGCGCAAGCAGAAGAGAAAAGUGCAUAUGCGGGCGUGCAAACACCGACGCACAAUGAGCUGCAUGUUGCCAAGAAGCGCGAUCCCAAUGCGCAGAAAAUCUUGCUUCCCUUUGCCGAUACGCCGGUGAUUACGCGCAACAAGGAAAUGCGGAAAGGCAGCAAAGAGGGGCACAGGAGGAGCAGUACGGGCUUGCGUGGCAGGCGGGCCAGCUCGCUUAUUGAUAGUGGCAUGUCGAAUGCGCUACCACAUUCCGAAGUCGAGGUCCGCGAUUUUUACAAGUACAUUGAGCAGAGCUUGCCUGAACCGAGGCGGAUGAAGCAGCUGCUUACGUGGUGUGGAUCGCGAGCGCUGCCAGAGAAACCGUCGGGCGAUGUUAAGAACGCGAAUGCGAUUAUGGCGGCGCGAGCGAUACAGCAAGAACUCAUUACCGACUUUGCGAGCAGGCCAGAGCUAUCCGACUGGUUCAGCAGAGAAGAGACAGCGCCUCCACCCGUGGUCAAGAGGCCAAAUCCACAAAACGACAAGAAUAAGGCUACGCUAGAAGACCUGGAAGAGGAAGUGAAACGCCUCGAGGAAGAAAAGUCCGCCUGGGAAGCCCUCGCGUCUUCCACAUCGACCACCAUUCCCCCACCUCCCGCACCCUCAAUACCACCCAAUAUCACCCCCGCACUCUCCGAAAUCGACACCUCCCUCCUCGACCCCGCACAAGCCGCCAUCCUCUUAUCCCUCCAACAACCCACCACUCAAACCCAACCCCAAACCCAACCAGAAUCACAACCAGAAUCACAACCAGAAUCACAACCCUCCACCACCACCACCAUCCACCCCCCCCAAUCCCCCUUCACAUUCACAUGCCCCUCCACCCUCCAAUCCCACCUUUCCCGCCUCGCCACCUCCCUCGAACCUACAAUCGACCUCUUCGCCGACGGCGUCCACAAAAUAGAACAAUACCGCGCCACGGCCGAUCGCGUGGCCGAUGCCGUCCUCGGCUCCGCUAGUCUGCGCCUCGAUGAGCGUGAGCGCCUCGUUCGGAGUAGGGUCGGUGCUGAGGGUAUUGGGGUUGGGGAUGUGUUGAGGGGUUUGGCGGGGGUUUUGGGGAGGGGGGAGUGA